AUGUCUUCUCAAGGAAAUUUCCCCUAUCAAGGAAGAACGCCAAAUAGGGAUCAGACUUAUUACCCAGUGAGCAGUGAUAUACUCGCAUUUCCUCCUCCUCGAAGUGCGAGUGUUCUGAACCGAGAAUAUGAACCACAGGCAUACCGGCCAACAGCAGAGGCUCCUGGGUUGUAUCACUCUAGUGGUAAUAGGACAUCCCCUCCAUCAUGGGAGCUUUCUCGAGAAUCGCUAGAAACCUCCCGAUCUCCCGAUCAUGGACGACUCAAUGAACCCCAUAUUUUAUACAACAACCCUGGUAGAACACUGAUCAAUACCUCGUCUUACGAUCGAUAUUCCAAUGUUUCAGCUGCACCAAAUCUAGGACCUAUUGGUCAACAACCGCGUCCCCCUCCUGGUAUUGGGGAAUGGGACGCCCCACCCGUGCAUUCUUGCCAUGAUUCUCUGAUGCGAGAUCCAGAUUCACCCCCGUCAAUGGAGACAUUUGAUUUCUUUCCUGAACAUACCAAGAGACGCGCACCAGAACAUGCGAAAAGCGGUGCCAAAUACCACCCACAGAGACGGCCAUCCAACCGCGAUGAGUUCGAUGGGCCUACUCAGUUUCUAGAUAUGCCUUCUCCAAGGACUAUUGCCGAACAGGAGAAAGAUUUGCCUCACUUGCCUACUAGCCUGGAUGCCCAAGAGCAGGAUAAAAUCCUUUAUGAAGUCAAUGAUCAUUUGUCCAGGUGUGCUUUCAAUUUUGUUGCAAAAUAUCAGUUCCCCAUUCCUGUGGAACCAGACAAGAGACAGGUGAGAAUACCAGCCGACCGGGAGUGGACAGAAUGGGUGUAUCUCUUGAAACGAUUAGCUACCAAGCGCCGAAUUCCUGCCAGAGUUCUUUAUAAUGGCCAAAUCAAGCAUUUUGUGACAGUCCUGGAAAACUCCUUGGAAAUGCGCCACGCGGCUAAGCACCAAUCACGACCAGUGAAAGAUGAUAGGAACAUUCUCCAGCUGAUAUCUGCGGGAACUCAGGUUGCAAAAAUUCUCAAGGAUGCCUCCGCCAUGGAAUUUUUAGACCAACUCUAUUCACGAACUGAAAUUCUAAUUCAUGAACGACGAAGUCAUCUCGGAGGAGCGUUAGCCAAACCAUGA